AUGGCAAUGCACGUUUGGGCCUGGAUCGGCUUGCAACUUUUUUCGACCUGGAUACUCUACUUUGUUGCGCAAGUCAUCUACCGACUGACGUAUCACCCAUUGGCCAGGUUUCCGGGUCCUCGACUCGCAGCAAUUACAAUGAUGUACGCCGGCUCGUAUGAUCUGCCAUUUGCGUCUUCUUUCUGCAAGGAACUGCCCCGACUACAUGAUGAGUAUGGCCCAAUUGUGCGAAUAAGGCCGAACGAACUCCAUAUCCGAGAUAUGGACUCUUUUCGAGAAGUUUACAGACCCGGAACACCUUUCAAAAAGUAUCCAGGCUUCUAUAACGCUUACGUUAUUGAUGGAUCCUUCUUCAACAUCCACGAGACCAAGGCGGUUAGACAUAUCAAAGACAUGUACUCGCCUCAUUUCUCUCGAGCAGCCAUCCAGAAACUCGAAGGUUCAAUCCAUGAAAAAAUCCACAAGUUGCUUGAUGCCCUACAUAAGGCUUCACAGGCCCGCAAGGUCGUCGAUCUUACACUAGCUUUCAAAUGUCUCACCGCUGACGUGGUCAUGGAGUAUUGUUAUCAGAAGAACUUUGGUGCUCUUGACGCUACUGACUUUCGUUUCAAAGUCAUCGAGGACAUGGAAGGUCUUUUCGGGACAGCCUCGUAUACUUGGUACUUCCCCGACCUUUUCAAUCUCCUAUGUCGAAUUCUGGAGCGUGCGCCCAUCUCUAUGACCGGGACGAUCGCAAAACCAUUGGCUGCUUCGUUUGAGAUUUACAAGGUACGUCGCUCCAAAAUAUCAAAAAGAAUCGUUACUCUUCAGAAAACUACUCCGGAUCCAUCGAUGCCCUCUAUUUUUCAGACAGCACUACUCCCGGAACAAAAGAAUGGCAGAUCUGCACCUGUGUUGAAAGAGCUCACAGCUGAUGCAUUGGUGUUCUUUGGCGCUGGAACUGAUACAACAGCACACGCUUUGACGACAGGAACUUGGUUCCUGCUGAAGAAUCCAACAAUACUCGCACGCCUGCGCAAAGAACUCUGCAACGCGAUCGUGGAUGUCGAUUCAGCAACAAUUCUGAGUUGGAUCGAGCUGGAGAAGCUUCCAUUCUUGCGUGCAAUCAUCAAAGAGUCUCUUCGCCUCUCAUUCGGCGUCCCUGGUCGGCUUCCAAGAGUAGUACCAGGAAAUGGCGCAGUCUUCUGCGGCCAGCAGAUUCCACCUAAUACCGUGAUUUCCCACUCUGCAUAUGCGUAUCAUAUGAGUGAUCACUACUUCCCAGAAGCCAAGUCUUUCAAGCCAGACCGCUGGUUAGAUUCCGAAUCUCUGGAAACGGAGAAAUGUCUCCUGAGUUUCUCCGCCGGCAGCAGGGGAUGUCUAGGUAUCAAGUAA